AUGAUAUUCGAAGCAAUUUCCGCAGGGCCUAAUUUUGACUCCCGCGCGGCUCUCCAAAUUUCACGUCGACCCUUUCAACACGAGAGUUUCACGUAUACCACCACCGCGUGUGUUUCUAAACAGAAAAGAUCUAAAAGAUGGCAGAAGAAAGUCAUCCAAGUCACCUCUCACCCAGCGAAUUGGGAACCAAAGACUAAAAGAAAGAAAGAAAGAAACAAAGAAAAGAAACUCACAACCAAAACACCUCCCGAGGAACAAACUAACAACCAAAAAAGCUGGGAAACCUUCUACGCCCGAACCCUCACCCACAUCUCCACAAAACACGCCGCGAACAACCCCCAUGAAGAAACCACGAACGCCGAUUCAGAUUCAGACGCCGAAUCCGUCGAUGACGACGACGACCCCGGCACAUCAUGGUUCUCCGAACACAACGCCCCGGAUAAAGUCCUCCAAUUCCUAACCGCAGAGGACUUCCCUCUCGCGCCGUGCAACACUGUCCCCGCCGGGAUAAACCACCCCAGUAUCUUGGACUUGGGGACUGGGAACGGGAGUAUGUUGGCUUUGUUGCGCAAGCGGGGCGGGUUCCGGGGUGUGAUGGUUGGGGUUGAUUAUUCGGCGAGGAGUGUGGAGUUGGCGAGGGAGUUGCAGAGGUUGAAGAUUCAUUCGGCUUAUUUGACGGAUGAGGAGGAUGAGGAGUGUGCUGGGGAUGGGAAUGGGAAUGGUGUUGGUGAGGGUGAGGGAGAGAUUCGGUUUGAGGAGUGGGAUAUUUUGCAUUCUGCGGAGGAGGUUGGCGAGCAGGGGAAGUUGGAUUGGUUUCCGUAUGGGGAAGGGGGGUUUGAUAUUGUGCUUGAUAAGGGGACGUUUGAUGCCGUUUCGCUUUCGGAGGAGGUUGUUGAGGGGGAUGCCGAUGCUUCGGUGGCUGGGAAGAAGGUGCAGAGGCGGGUUUGUGAGAUGUAUCCUGGGGUUGCGAGGCGGUUGGUGAAGAAGGGUGGGUUUUUGGUGGUUACGAGUUGUAAUUGGACUGAGGAGGAGUUGGUGAUGUGGUUUACCAGGGAGAAGGGGGAGGGUGAUCGGUUGGAGGUUUGGGGACGUGUUGAGUAUCCCCGGUUUAGGUUUGGGGGGAAGGAGGGUCAAGGGAUAGAUGGGUUUUUUUUAUUUCUUUUUCAUCUUCUAUCAUGCUGUACAGUCGUCACGUUUCAUCAGUCAUGA